AUGGCUCAAAAGCACUUACACGAGUUACUUCAAGAAGAUCAAGAACCAUUUCUUCUAAACGACUACAUUUCAGAUAGACUUUACCAACUCAAAAGACUUUCAUCAAACACUACUUUACAAUUGCAGAAACAACAACGUAAACCACCAACAACAAACGUUAAUUUCUGCAAACACGUUUGUUUUUUCUCAUUCCAAAACACACCGGAUAUUAGAAAUUCACCGCUCAAAAGCCCGAUCAGAUCCUCAAAUAAUAUCUUCCUCCAAAUCCCAGCCAAAACUGCGUCGCUUUUACUCGAUGCAGCUAUCAAAAUCCAGAGUAACAAACCCAAAAACAAAAACAAAAACAAAUCCUUUGGGGUUUUCGGUUCGUUUUUCAAGAAACUAACUCAACGAAGCAAAAGCAAAACUGAAGGUGACGUUUCUGUUAAGGAUAUUUUGAGGUGGGAUUCAAGAAAUAGAAAAUCUUUCAACAAAGGUGGCACUGAGGUGUGUUCUUGCAAUGGAAGACAUAGCAGUAGUGCUGUAUGGUCUGAGAGCAACGAAGCGGAAACUUCGAGCAGUGGCCAUUCUUGUGACUCAGUGGAAGAGGUUGAGUUUGUGAUGAUGAACACGAAGAAACAAAAUGCAGAUUGCGCUUGUUUUGAUCAGCAUGGGUUUUUCUGCGAAAGCCCUUUUCGUUUCAUUCUCGAAAAGAGUCCCUUCACUUCCGGCCGCCGUACGCCGGAGUUUUCCUCGCCGGUGGAUUCACCUAACCGCCACCAACCAGAGGACAAACAAAAUAAUGGAGGUGAAGGUGUUAACAAAUUUGAAUCAGGAGAAGAUGAAGAAGAGAAAGAACAGUGUAGUCCAGUCUCUGUUUUAGAUACACCUUUUGAAGAUUAUCAUGAUGAUGAAUGUCAUGAAAAUGAUGAUGAAGAACGUGAUUUUGAUUUGGAUUGUAGCUACGCCAACAUGCAAAAAACCAAACAACAACUUUUAGAAAGGCUUCGAAGAUUUGAGCAACUCGCGGAGUUAAAUCCACUAGAACUCGAGAAAAGAAUGCAAGAAAACGACGACUACGAAACAUUUUAUGAAAAUGAUGAUGACGAAGAUUGUGAAGAAAAGGCUCUUAGAGAAAUAGUUUGUGAAAUACUCUGCCAUUCAAGUGAUCAUGAAAGAUGGCAAGAGCAAGAAGUUCUUAAGAGACUUGUUUAUGAUCUCAUUAAGGAGGAACUUAAUUAUUCACAAGAUAUGAACUGUGUAGUGAAAAGGGUAUGCAAGAAGAUGGAGUUGUGGAAAAAAGUGGAAUCUAACACAAUUGAUAUGAUGAUAGAAGAGGAUUUCACUAGAGAGGAAAUUGGGUGGAAGAAAAAUGAUGAGGUAACAAGAGAGUUGGCCGGAGAGGUUGAGGUUGCUAUCUUUUGUUUUCUUGUUGAUGAAUUUUCAAAGGAAUUAGUAUGUUAA